UUAGUGAAACGAUGUAUUGCUUCGUGAUUAAUUAGAAUCAACAUGUGUUAUGAUUUCUUUUUAUAAAAAUCUUACAGAACCAAUCGUGAGAUUCCAGAGGCGUACAAUGACUAGCUGAUUGACAUCUGCUGAGGAGAAAUACAAUUUUACAUCUAAUUUUCUGUUUUAAGGACACUGUCACUGUAUCAAUCCACGCGAGUAGUCAUUCCUGUCGAUAUUAUGAACUGACUACGGAUGACUACUGUUAGAUAAUUUUAUAGUUUAUAAUAUUGAGUACAAACACUUUUACGAAUUGAAAUUUAUAGUAUAGAUAACGCUGUGAUUUCAUUCAGUUAAAUAAAAUCAAAUAGAAAAAAAAACUGGUUUAACUUCGCGUUCGCCCCAAGAACAUCCAGGUUAACAAACAUAUUGACAAAUCGUACAGAGAAAAAAUCUUUAAGAAUUGUCAGUGUUUUUGGAUAUAACAGAUAUUAAAUAGUAUUGUUUCUGAUGUUACUUAUAUAACAGAUGGUAUUUUUUACGGACUAAGAUUUUAUUGUCAUCUUUGAAGGAAAAAAAUAGUGAUUAUUUUAGGACAAAGGAAGAAAGACAUGGAAAAUACAACAACUUUGCUUGCUCCUAAGCAGACUUCAGUUUGGGAUAAUACUUCCACGAACUCUAGUACAAUCUUCUUUUACCAGACGGAACAAGUAUCAUUUCUCAUCGUACUGUUCAUUCUAAUUGUCACCGGAAAUUGUAUCGUGCUAACUGUCCUCUUCCUGUCUGGUAAAAUCAGGUCGCGGAUGAAUUUGUUUAUGGCGAAUUUGGCCUGUGCAGAUCUUAUGGUAGGGAUAUUCCUGGUACUUACGGAUGUAAUUUCGAAGAUAACUAUCACGUGGGAGACCCCUGAUCCCGGAUGUAAGAUUGUCAAGUUUCUACAAGCUAUGUCAACAUACGCAUCAGCAUUCUCACUUGUUGCAUUGAGUAUAGAUCGACUCAGUGUGGUUAUCCGUCCACUUAAUAGAGCUGGGAAUGGUAAAAGCUGGACGUUGAUAGCCUUAGCUUGGAUAUUUGCUGCGUUGUUUGCAUUUCCAAUGUUAUUAUUGUUUUUCGUCAAAGAAGAACAAAAUAUGAAAUUUUGUAAAAUAGAAUUUUCCAAACAGUGGAUGUGGCAGGUUUACUUAUCUUUGAAUGCUGCUGCUGUUUUCAUAAUACCAGCUGUCAUCAUUGCCUUCUGUUAUAUUGUCAUAGUAACUGUUUUAUGGAGAAAGGCUAACUUUGCAAUGGGAAAUGACACCUACAGUAACGGCUGUUCUCCACAACACAUAAUCAACAAAGACGGACAGACUGUGCCGCAACAGAAGGAAAAGAAAGUCAGAUGGAAUAGUAGUUCUAGAGGGGUAAUCCCUAAGGCUAAAAUCAAAACAAUCAAAAUGACCUUCGUUAUUGUAUUAGCUUUCAUUUUCUGUUGGAGUCCUUAUUUCGUGUUUGACCUAUUAUUUGUGUACCAACAAAUCCCAGAUCCAACUUCACAACACAUUACUGCUAUAAAUACUUUUAUACAAAGUUUAGCACCCCUCAACAGUGCUGCCAACCCGUUUAUUUUCCUGCUCUUCAAUUUUAACACCGUCAAAUCUGCAUGUGGAAGACAUACUCGCCAUAUGUACUCACCACCAACUACACAGUCGCAUUUGUAAUUACAAUUAGUCUGAUAUCUCAGAAGACUCCGAAGACAUAGUUGCCAUCUGUACUCGCCACCAACUACAUAAUAGCAUUUGUAAUUACAAUUGGUCUCAUGACUCUGAAAACCACGCGGAAACAGUCGCCAUCUUUACUCACUACCAAUUUCACUAGCGCAUUUGUAAUUACAAUUAGUCUGAAAACUCAGAAUACACCGAAGAAAUACUCGACGUCUUUACUCGCCACCAACUGCUACACAAUCGCAAGAAAAUGCUUGUAUAGGUAUUGAGUUUCUUUUGUCACUCGGAUUAUAUAGUGUGUUGUUAAGAGUGCGCUACCAGAAAAAACUAGGUAAUGAAAGCUGACACUUAUAUGUAUCUCUAUAAGAAAAUGAAUACUAUGUUUUUUCCAUUUUCGAAAACUGCGAUGUUCUCAUUUGGACAGAACCGAGUUCCGGUAACUGUUAUGUACUGAAAAGAAUAGAGAAGGAAACAGCCAAAAAAAGAGUGCCAUGAUAAUUUGUUAUCGAUAAUUGUAAAUAAAUGAACAAUCUUGAUUUUUAGACUUUUUACAUGAAUACGUAUCACUUUUGCUGCAAUCGAAGGGUAGUCUUUAAUUUCAUCUUGAUGCUUCUUCAUAAAUUGUCAAACUGUAAAUAUCACGUGACAUUUAUAUUUAACAUGGCCCACACCGUGUCAAAUACGACAGAUUGUUUUUGGAUGUUGGUUUAUCAAAAGGGUUUAAUCAUCGAAAUAAAACUCGUUAAUAUAGAAAGAUUGUAAAAUUCACGUUGUGUAUAUCUUAUCAUAUAUUUAUAUUUUAAUGACAUUGUUAAUGAGUUUAGAAAGGUAUUCAAUAAAUGUUUCAGAAUCAAACAAAGCGUAUUUCUAAGGCCACGCCAAAUUGAUGCUUAGUAUUUCGGAUUCGCUCGCUCCAUCAUUUUGGGAAUCUAAAAAAUGUUCAGUUUUCAAUUUGGAGUAGCCUUCGCAGGUUUUUGAUAUACUGUAUUAUGAUUCUGCUUUUGAAUAUAAUUUGGCUAAGUUUGUUAUUUUUAAACAACACUAAGUUUGAUAAGUUUACACAAUACUCAGUUUGUUAAGUUUAAACAACAAUAGUAAGUCUGUUAUGUUUAAACAACGCUAAGUUUGUUAAGUUUAAAUAACACUAAAUUUGUGUUGUUUAAACAUCACUCAGAUUGUUAUGUUUAAACAACACUAAGAUUGUUAUGUUUAAACAACACUAUGUACUGUUAUGUUUAAACAACACUAUGUAUUGUUAUGUUUUGAAUAUACUUUGUUCAAAAUUCUUA